GGACAACGUAGCAGCAGCGCACACUGAAGCCUGUGCCAACAAUUAACGAAACAACUUCGCCCGCUUAAUGGACUGAACUCCCCACAGUCGAACGGAUCAUUCCGAACCCUCUGAUGCAUCUCCGAUCCCACCCCUGCAGGUGACGCCAACGCCGGACAUGGACCAAGGUCGCAGCAGCGCCAUGUCCGGAUGCGUGAUUUUCGGCACCCGCGCCGCACCGGUCCCCAUCAUGCGCCUGGUGCUAUUGCCGCUGCUGCUACUUUUAUCAUGUUUUACUUUGUGUGAGGGCAUGCGGCCGGCCCAGAUUGCGGAGCUACGCCGAGAGACCGUCGAACUGUUUUAUCAUGGCUUUGACAACUACAUGGAAAUUGCCUUUCCCGAGGACGAGCUGCGGCCAGUAACAUGCGCACCCCUCACCCGCGAUUCAAAAGAUCCCACCAAUAUCUCGCUUAACGACGUCCUGGGAAACUACUCUCUGACCCUGGUUGACAGCCUGUCAACUCUUGCUAUACUUGCAUCUGCCCCCGAUGAGGACGGCGACGUCGGCCCUAAAGCGCUCCGUGAUUUCCAAGACGGCGUCAAGGCGUUGGUGGAGCAAUAUGGAGAUGGUACAGACGGCCCCUCGGGUCAAGGUCUACGAGCCAGAGGCUUUGAUGUCGACAGCAAGGUGCAAGUCUUUGAGACUGUUAUUAGGGGCGUAGGAGGUCUGCUAAGUGCCCAUCUCUUUGCUACCGGAGAGCUACCCAUCAGGGGCUACGAUCCGUUGCCGGUAUUUGAGGGCCAGGAGCCCAAACCAUGGCCAAAUGGGUUGACCUACAACGGUCAGCUUUUGAGACUUGCAAACGAUCUGGCCGAUCGUCUACUUCCGGCCUUUUACACGCAGACCGGUAUGCCGUAUCCUCGAGUGAACCUGCGGCACGGUAUUCCUUUCUACCGCAACUCACCGCUGCACGACAUGUUUGAUCUUAAUGACGAACCAAGUGGUCGAGGUGCCGCCGAGGAGAUUACUGAGACAUGUAGCGCUGGGGCCGGAAGUCUGGUGCUGGAGUUUACUGUGCUGAGCCGGCUUACUGGUGACCCCAAAUAUGAACAACUUGCGAAGCGGGCCUUCUGGGCUGUUUGGUAUCGGAGGAGCGACAUCGGCUUGAUAGGCGCAGGGGUAGAUGCCGAACAGGGCAAGUGGAUAGGGGCAUAUUCCGUGAUUGGCGCCGGUGCGGAUAGCUUCUUUGAAUACGCCCUGAAAACGCACAUCCUUCUCUCAGGCCAUCCGCCUCCCAAGAAGGCGUCGACUGCAGAUUCGAAGCGCAGCAAGGGGCACACGAGCAACUCAAAGAGAGUUCUCGACCCGAACAUACUGUUUCCCCCUUUGACGGACGAGGAAAACUCGCCUGAUAGUUUUCUCGAGACAUGGCAUCACGCGCACGCUGCCACCAAAAGACACCUUUACAGUGACCGGGGCCAUCCACACUAUGUGAGCGUGAACCUUUGGACCGGCUCACUUGCAUCGCAGUGGAUAGAUAGCUUGGGUGCAUACUACUCUGGCCUCUUGACACUUGCCGGCGAGCUUGACGAAGCUGUUGAGACCAAUCUCCUCUAUGCUGCCGUGUGGACCAAGUACGCCGCGCUCCCCGAACGCUGGAAUGUCAGAGAUAAAAUGGUUGAGGGAGGCCUGGGAUGGUGGCCGCUACGUCCCGAGUUUGUCGAGUCAACCUACUUCCUCUACUUGGCAACCAAAGACCCUUGGUACCUGCACGUUGGCGAGAUGGUUUUGCGCGAUGUCACACGUCGUUGCAAGACGUCUUGCGGUUGGGCCGGGUUGCAAAAUGUGAUAGACGGGGAGAUGAGCGAUCGCAUGGAGAGUUUCUUUUUAGGAGAGACUGCAAAGUACAUGUACCUGAUGUACGAUGAGAACCAUCCCCUGAACAAGCUGGAUGCGCCAUUCGUCUUCACCACAGAAGGCCAUCCACUUAUAAUCCCCAAGGCGGCCGGAAAACCCGGGCAGUCUCACGCAACAGCCUCUACCACGCGCAAGCACAAGGCAGCGGCAUCUUAUUACGACCCAGAGUUCACCAACACUUGCCCCGCGCCCAAAGCGCCGAUGCCGCUCACGGGGUCCUUGACUGCCGCGAGGAAAGAUAUUUUCCAUGCUGCAAAGAUGGUCAACCUUCACCAGACCCCCAUCCGCUCGGGCAGAACUGUUGUUGAUGACAAGCCUGGUCGAAAACAGGCAGCCAAGGACUUGAAACAUAGUGUUUUCCCGUGGACUUUGCCAAGGCGUUUGAUUCCGGAGGAUGGGAUCUGCUCAAAGGUGUAUGAGCCCACGGAAAUAACACUCGAGUUCGCGUCCAAUGCGCAACAAGCCGUCGGUGGAAGCUCGUUCAACUACAUGAUCGGCACACAGAAUCUGGAGCGUCUUACCGUCGACAAGAUUCGCGUGCUGAGCAUCUCGGGCCUCAAGCUGACGCUGAGACUCGAGGAUCGUACUGCUCCAAGCGGGGCGCCUGCAUCUUUCUGGCGCAUCACAAAGGUGAACGGCUUGCCUCUGGGCCGGGAUGAGUCCGUUGUGCUGAACAGGGCUACACUAGGUGACGUGUCGGACCCGCGCUUCAACAUGGUGCGGGAUCCCGUCGUCGUAAAGCUGCACCACCUGCACCAGGUGGACCUAGUGUACAACGUCACCGCGGCGGCAGAGGCCGCAGAAGGCGAAGGCGGUGUUGAGGUCAAGGAACGAAUCACAGUGCAGCAAACUCGACCUGCAACCGGAGUUCCGACGUCCACUGCUGCUGUAAAUGCACCCGACUUCGGAAACAGGAUGAAGAGCUUCUUUCAGCAGAUCAUGAGCUCGCUGGAAGAAGCCGGUGCGGAGCCGACAUACACUCCCCGAUCAGGAAACGGAGCCGCACAACCAGGGACCGCGGCGCCUCCUUACAACGUACUGAUCAACGUCACGGGCAUUACUCCCACAGGCCUCGGAGCGGCGCCCCUCCCUUCGGUGGACAUGCCGCCCGGUGCGCACAUCCCGCACGUGGGCCCCUUCACUGCCAGCUACCUCCCCUGGUCGACCGUCUUCGCGGCCGGGGACGCGUGCGGCGGGCCGCUGCCCGAGAUGGCGCCCCGAGACCACCAUGUGAUUGUGAUCCGGCGGGGCGGUUGUUCCUUCUCGACCAAGCUGGCCAACAUACCCGUGUACAAGCGGUCCUCUGCGAGUCUGCAGCUCGUCGUCGUGGUGUCAGAUGACGACGACGACGACGGCUUCUUCCGCGACGGUCGCGAGGGCGGCGGCAUGGCCCCGCGCGACUACGAUAGGAUCGUGCGCCCCCUCCUCGACGUCAUGCAGACCACCCCGUCGGGCAUGGUGAGGCACAACCCGCUCUCCAUGCUGCUCGUCGGUGGUGGCGACGCGGCCUACCAUCAGAUCUCGCAGGCGGAGAGGCUAGGGUUGACGAGGAGGUAUUACAUUGAGAGUCAUGGCGUCAGGGUUAGAAAUAUUUUGAUAGAUGACGGUGACAGUGGCGAACUCACGUUGAACGCGUAGGUUGGCGUGGACUUUUAUAAUGAUUUUGAUAUAGACAACGGCGUGUUAGACGGAUGAUGAAAUGAGCCUGUACAUACUGGUGUUUUGUUUGGUUGGCGGUAUGAUGAUUUUAAGACCAUCGAGAGGCCAUGAGUUUUAGACUUGGAGCAUGAAGAGUUUUGUUGGCAUUUACGAC